AUCACACCUUUGUCAUCGAAAACAACAAUCUCAUCUACUUUGUAAAUACAUGCGGCACGUGCUAUUUGUCCUGCAAGAUACGUUCUCAAUUCUGCAGAUUGUGCAUUGUCUAAAAUCGAGCCAGAGGUUAUGGCUACGGAGGAAAGUUUCGAACAGUUCGAAGAUGAAGAGGCUGAAAUUGCUAUCGGUGGUACGUUACCAGGAGGGAGGAAACGUCUCUUUUCGAAAGAACUUCGAUGUAUGAUGUAUGGCUUUGGUGAUGAUCAAAAUCCUUAUACCGAAAGUGUUGAUCUACUUGAAGACCUCGUCAUCGAAUUCAUAACAGAAAUGACACAUAGAGCCAUGGAAAUUGGACGUACUGGACGAGUUCAAGUAGAAGACAUUGUCUUUUUAGUUAGAAAAGAUCCACGUAAAUAUGCCAGAGUGAAAGAUCUUCUAACAAUGAACGAAGAAUUAAAGAAAGCAAGAAAAGCAUUUGACGAAGUUAAAUAUGCAGGUACUGUUAGCCAGUAGAAUUAUGUUUAUAUUAUGUUUUUAAUAUAAUGAUUUUGUCUGAUUGAUGCAAUCUAUGUGAUUUUUGAUUAUAUUUUUUUUUAUUAAGAAUGGAGCAUUAGUAGAUAUAAAAAAAAGUUAUGGACCCAUAUAGAUUGCAAGUUAUUAAGCUUAAACUUGAUAAGUAACAUAGCAAGAAUAUGUCUCAAUUUUUUAAUAACAUUGUUUGGUUUGUGCAAUGCUAUAACAUUGCAUUAUUUGUACUGAGCUUAAGAAUGUAGAGUUAUCAUUCCUCUUUUUUAAUUUGUUUAUUCUUUAUAAAUUAUUUCUUUAAGAAAAAAAGUUUACAUAAAAAAUAUCAGAUAUAUAGCACAUUACAUAAUAAUUUAUAAUACAAAUAUGUUAUCUUUUAAUAUCUGCAUGCCUUACUUUGCAUGCCUUAAGCAUGUCCAUACUUUUUAUGUUUACAUUCCAUGUACAUGCAAAGACUGGACAUUCUUUUACUAUUAUUUAAAAGAAUAAUACUAAAACAUAAAGAAUACUAGAAAGUAUUAUUACCUAGUAAAAUUGGUGUAUAUUAUGCUUUUCAAUUUUUAUAUUUUUUUCUAAAUGAUCAAACUAAAUUUUCAUUAAACAAUUUAUUAAUAACAUAUAAAUAUUUUAUGUUUUUACAUUUUACUUUGUUAAGUAGUGUAUACAUAAGAAACACACAUGUACAUGAAGUAUAAGACAUUGUUGUUAAUCGCUAUAAUAAAUUGUUUGCAAUUUUUAUUGAUUAUUCAUUUGGUUAGAAAUGUUGUAUUUUUAUUUAUUUAUUAUUUAUAAAAUUAGUCUAAUAGUUUCCCCGUUUUUCAUUUUUUGUCGCACAGUUAGAUUUUUUUCAUAAGCUUUUUAGAAACUAGCUUACAAAAUAAUGCAUGUUUUAUAUAUAUCAAGUUUUUUUCUAACUAUGACAUUAAUAAUAUCAUGACUAGUGCUACAAAAUGCUGUACAAAAUUGUUGUAGUUUCACUUCAGUUUUUUAGUUCAUUUGAAUGUUGCACAAUCUCAGAAACAGCUUCUUUUGCUGACAGAAUAACGUCAUUGAUUCCCACACCUUGGUAAGAAGAACCACACAAUGCUAGAGGGAUUCUACGUGAAGAAAUAUAAUCACGGAUAUGAUUUAAACGUUGUGCGUGACCCACUACAUGUUGGGGAAUACAGUCCUUCAGAAUGGCCACAUUAAAAGCUAUGGGCUCUUUUUUAAUAUUCAGGAUUUCUUUGACUUGUUUAAUUGCUAUAUUCAACAAAUUUUCAUCUGAUGGAUCUUUGCCAAAGUAUUUUUCAAACCAUGCACCACCCAUCAUUACUGUUAGUACCUGGUUAUUAAAUAUUUUAUAUGUAAAUACAAAAUUGAAUAAUUGUCUAGUCUACUAUAGAUUUAUAAAUGUAGAUAAAGUUUUGCACAUGUUUUUAUGCGUUUAAACGAAGUUCUUAAAUUGAUAAUCAAUAAAAUAGUAAUUUAAAAAUGUGUUCACGAGUAAAUCUAAUGUAAAUGUAAAUAAAGUCUUUCUAUUUUUUACAUACCGUCGAAGAGUCUUUAGGAAAAAUACAUGAAUCGAAAAUCACACCAAGAAUUGGAAGAUUUUCUCCUGGUGGAACAAGAAAACCAAAAGCAUUCAUAGGCAAGACAUUAUCUGCAAAUUGGAGAUUAACUACAGCCACUGUAACCAUAGGUAUUGAUCUUAAUUGUUCUGCCAAAUCAGGAUGUUGUUCUUCCAAUAGUUUUGCUAGAGUUUUUGCUGGUAGACUUGAGAUAACAUGAGAACAUUUUCUUGCUUUUCCAUUAAUAGUUAAUUCAACAUGAUUGGAUUGAAAAAAGAGUUUUUCACAGUGACUAUUUAAUUGUAUAUCAACACCUUGACUUUGUAUAUUAUUUCCUAAGGAACGUGGUAGUUCUUCGAGUCCUCCUUUUAAACCCCAUACUACCCAUUUUUCUGUGUCAGCCCUUUUAGCUAAGUUUGAUUUAUAUUCUAUUUUAUUAUUAACAUUUUUCUUUUUAAAUAAUUGUUUGAGUAAUCCUUUUGUUAUAGAUCCAUGUUUUUGUUCUGCUUCAAACAAAGAUUUCAUUAAGAAAUUUACGCUUAUCUUUUGUGCAUCACCGGCACAAAUUCCACAAAUCAUAGGGCUAACAAGAUAAUCUGCAAUAUCUUUUCCUAUUCUUCUUGUAGUAAAACUAUAUAUACUUUCAUCGUCCUUACGAACCAUUGGUGCUAUCAAAUCUUUUACAAGAAAACUUGCUAAAGAACGAUUUAAUAAAGUAUUAGUCUUAAUUAUACUAAGGAAAGAAUUUGGCAAUAAAUGUAAUUUAUUACGCGAAUAAAUCAUUCUAUUCUUAGCA